AUGAGUGCGGACACAAAAUUUAAACACAACACAUCGAGCGAAUCCUAUAAUGGUGCUGUUACAGAAAAGUAUUCCUGGUCACAAUCAAUAAAUGAAAUAGACAUAUUCAUACCUUUGCCAUCGACAAUAACUUCAAGUAGGCAGUUGAAAGUUUUGAUUACACCUGCACACUUCAAAGUAGAAUUCAAGAACGAAUCAACUCCUUAUAUUGACGAAGACUUCUCGUUCAAAUGUAAACCAUCAGAGUCUGUGUGGUGGCUCUCAAAUGGUAAACUAUUGAUACAUUUACAAAAGAAGGAGGAUCGAUGGUGGCAAAAGUUGUUGGAGUCGGACGCGCCUUUGGAUAUAAGUAAAAUGAAUUGUUCAAGGCCCAUAGAUGAACUCUCUGAAGACGCACAGUCUUUGGUACAAGAAAUGUUUUGGAACGAAACACAAAAAAGUAUGGGCAAGCCUACUACAGAAGAUUUAAGAAAGAGGGAGCUUUUAAGAAAGUCCUGGAAUGUUGACGGUUCUCCUUUUAAAGGGACGGAGUUUGAUCCAUCUUUGGUAAACUUCCACUAA